AUGCUUCAUAACUUAGGUACCGUUCAAGAUCUACGAGGCAGGAACCUCGAGGCGGUGGGUGAUGCCAUAGUCGAGGAAAUCAAGGUUGUCACCUCGAACACGGGUCGCACGUCUUCCCAAACUCGACCUCGAUCGGGCAACUUGGCUUCAAGCUCAGCCCACUACAAAUUCGACCCCCCCAAAAUGAACGACACGUUCAAAGCUCAUGGCACGCAAUCUGCUGGCGACGUCGAUGAUGCAUGUAGGCAGGCAGACUUCGACGUCGGGACGAACGAUGACACGGGAUGCUCUCCCCUUCUCCUGCGUGGCGCACACGGCACUGCUGGAAAUAAGUAA